UCUCUCUCUCUCUCUCCCCUCGAAAACCCUACGAAAUCCGCUCCCACCUGUCGAUCCGAUUCCUUCGGCUUCCCGAAUCGUUUCGCUCCGACCCGGAAGCUGAUCACGUCGGUAACAACCAUCUCCGAUGAUUCCGAAUCCGGUGAUGUUAGCUUCCCUUUCCUCUGAUUGUCCUCCGAUCGCGUGAAUGAGCUUGCUUUUCUCAGGUCGUGGCCGCGAGCGAGCUCAAUUCAGCUUGCUGACUUGCUAAUCCUUGCCGGGUUCUUCCCACCAAAUUGUGGAGUUGGAUUUCAGCUACGGGCUUCGCCUGACAGCCAUGUACCCGACGAACUCGGCGCCGGUGCAGCGGCGGGGGAACGCCUUGGUCGACGCCGUGGAUGCGACCCCGCUCCUCACGCACUCCGUGGCCGACCACCUACUCCGCAGCCGGCGCUUCAUCCGCCGCCCCGUGCUGCCCCUGCGCGGCGCCGCGGCGCGGCUCCUCCGCCGGGCCAGCGGCCGCCGCAUGAUGCUCCGCGAGCCUUCGAUGCAGGUCCGCGAGAAUGCCGCCGAGCAGCUCGAGACGCGCCAGAGCGACUGGGCCUACUCGAAGCCCAUCGUGGCCCUCGACAUUCUCUGGAACCUGGCGUUCGUCGGCGUCGCUCUUUGCGUCGUCGUGUUGAGCCCGAAUGAGAGGCCUGGGGUGCCUCUGCGGCUGUGGGUUCUCGUUUACGCGUUUCAGUGCCUGUUUCACGUGGCGUGCGUCGUUGCAGAGUACAAGCGACGGCGUAGGGAGGUGGAGCACGCGGGAUUGGGCGGGUCCGGCGCCUGGGGUGCUGGCGAUUUGAAUGCUUACCUGAGUCCAGCUUCUGGUUCCGGGAGUGAUGGUGGCGAAUCAGACGAGUAUGGGAAUGAACAGAGUAGAGAUGAAGAAGAAACCAGCAUCCUAAAGCAUUUCGAGUCUGCGAAUACGAUGUUGUCAUUCAUCUGGUGGAUAAUCGGGUUUUACUGGGUAACUGCCGGUGGCCAAGAUCUGAUACGCGAUUCACCUCAGCUCUACUGGCUCUGUAUAUCGUUUCUGGCGUUUGAUGUGGUUUUCGUUGUUAUCUGCGUUGCUAUUGCGUGCCUGAUUGGUAUUGCAAUAUGCUGCUGUCUCCCGUGUAUAAUCGCAAUCCUGUAUGCUGUGGCAGAUCAGGAAGGAGCAACACAGGAGGAGAUCAAUCAGUUGCCUAAGUUCAAGUUCCGCAGGUUAGGUGAUUAUGACAAAGCUAAUGAGGAAACUCAGCCAUCAUCUGGAGGGAUAAUGACGGAAUGUGACAGCAGCACAGCUAUCGAGCGUGCUCUAUCGCAAGAGGAUGCUGUAAGACUUUGUUGUAGACAAAUUAAUUUGGCUGUUUGUCAUCAGGACUCGCUUCCAUUCUUGAUGAUUAAACUGGGAUUCAUAUUGACGGUUGCCGACGGCUAUUUUGUUGUAGGAAUGCUGCAUCUGCCUUUCUGCUUACGAAGAUGGAUCGGAGUUGAGAGAACUUCCCUGCCGUCACCACUACCACUGCAGUUGCAUCGACAAGUGGCUGUACAUUAAUGCAAUUUGCCCGCUCUGCAAGUUCAACAUUCUAAAGUCUCAGAGCCAGAGUGGAAGCGAAGUAGCAUGAGGAGUUUUUAGGUUUUUCUAGAGAUAAAUGGUUGGAGAUGUCGUCUUUGUUGAUAAAUGCUUAUAUUACUAGGCACUCACCUCUAGGAGAGCUUUCCUGUUGCUCCUGCUCAAAGUCAUGCAUUCUUAACGAGCUACUCUCGGUUCUGUUAGCAUCUAGGAGGUCUCCCUGUUGGUCAGAUUAUGAUGAAUCCUGUCCUGUGUAAAUUGUAGAGGAUCAUCUCAAUCUUAUCUAUUUGCUAACGUGAGUAUCGUCCGAAAUUUGGUGGCGAAGGUCGGCCCGAAAA